GGCGUGAAUAAUAUGCCUUUUCUAACCUCAAAAGAUGGCGAACUAUGGACUCAGUUCGGCGUCUACUCCAAUUCAGUGACGUGCGGUAUAUACGUCACAUGUUAGCGCUCACUGUAAAAAUGGAGUGAUACAAAAUUUUCACGCAGCGUAGUACAGUACCUACGUGAAUUUCAUCGAAGGUGAAGUUGGUCGCUGAGCAGACAGACUAUUAACGCUUCGUCUCGUCUCAAAAUGGCUGAAAAAAAGAAACGUGACUCUCUCCAUUACUUUAUGAGUUACGAUGAUCUGAGUGGCAGCAGUAAUAGUAGCAGCAGCAGUGAUUCUGAAGAGGAAGGCCAGGCUUCAUCUAAAAAGAAAGGGGGGACAGAUCCCGCUGGAAAAGAUGUUGCAUCUCAGCAAGGGAUCAAACGAGCCGCAAGUGGAUCCGCCUUACCUAAACCAGACGAUCUCUUUAAAUCUGUUUCAAAGCCGUCGUUCUUAUACAACCCGUUAAAUAAACACAUUGAUUGGGAAAGCCGUACGGUGAAAGCUCCGGAGGAGCCGGCCAAGGAAUUCAAAGUCUGGAAAACAAAUGCCGUGCCCCCACCACAGACCUAUGCCACAGAGAAGAAGACUGCUCCUCCAGGCAUGGAUAUGGCUAUAAAAUGGUCCAAUAUCUAUGAAGACAACGGAGAGGAUGCUCCACAGCCCGCUACAGGAAAUGCACAGUUCUUGCCAGAUGAGGAGAAACACAUACAGUCAGAUGAAGAGCAAGAAAAAUCUAUGUCUGCAAAGAAAAGGAAAGUGGAAAGCUUCCAGCAGAAGGAGAAGAGGAAGAGGGACAUGGGGCAGGCCACAUCCGAUAAGAGUUUUGUGGAAGAGGAGAAGAGGAUUCUGCGACAGAGUCUGGAGUAAAAAGGCUGGGAUGAGCCAGAGACUGUCCCACAGAGCCUCCCCACUCAGUCGGUCAUCAGAGUCUGUGUGUUGUGAAUGUACCUGUUGUAGUUGCCCUGGACUUUAUAGGUUUUUGAGAAACAAUGGGGAUAAGUGUUACUUGGUUUAGUUUUUUUAAUAAAAAUGUUAUAUAUUGUUGUUGUCAUAUGUGUUGGUUGUAUCUCCCAAACAUAUACGAAAAAGACAUUUAUUUUUGUCUGAAGAAUUAAAUUCAUUUGUGAAAUCUGCGGUUCAGAGAUUAAUAAUAUAACUGUUUUGAGAUUGAAAUGAGGAAUUUGAGCCAAAAUGUAUCAUGAUUAAAUGAUUUGUUGCACCUUUUUAAAAACAUCAUCUUGUACACGUGGUUAAAAGUUUCAGAUCAAAAAUGUCAAAAUUAAAAUAUGAUUAAGAAAAGCACAUGAAAGGGAGUCCACUAGGUGGUGCUAUUGAUUGUGUUUCUUAUGAAGACACAGUUGUCACAUUUAAAAGAACUGCAUUUUUCAGACCAAGACCACAUACACUCGGAUGUUUUUUUCUUUUGAUGUUGCCUAAAUAAAAGGACGUGACCUCAAGAAAAUAUAUUCUAAAUGCAAAGGAUGGGUUUAAUUGUGGAAAUAUUUACUUUUAAUAUUUACAUUUAAAACCAAACUUAAAUAGUGUCCACUUAUACAGAUGCUUUCUGUCAGUGUGUUGCAUAUUCAAUGAAUCCUUAAUGUGAUAUUUGGCAUUCUGUAACAAGGAUCAAUGUAGAUUUAUACUCAAAUUCUUUUUUUUAGAAAAAUGUUUUUCCUCUUAUUAAAAGAUGUUUAAAAGAUGACAAUGAAAAAUUGUAGAAAAUAGCAUUUCAUUUUUUAAAUGUAAUUACAUUGAACUUUACAUCCAUAUUUAUUAAUUUGGCAGAUGCUCUUGAUGGAAAAAAGCAACUUGCAAGACCAUCUUGGAAUAUAAAAUGUUUUAUCUACAAUAAAAAAUAAAGUAAAUGGAGCAAAUGUGCUGGUAUUACAAAGAUCCUGUAUUUAACGUUACCAGUAAUAGUUACAUGAUAUGAGGAAUUCUUACUCAAUCUUCCAUCAUCUCUCUGCAAGAUACAUGUGUGAUUAAAUUCCAGUCUGCAAUAUGUCUGGCCAUGUCUAAAGCAUCUACCUGAUCCAACAGUUUUGAUGUUGUUAUCAUAUUUUUAUGCACAAAUAAUUAUUUGCAGGCUCCUUUUCUUCAAGUUUCACCAUGUGGAUUUAGCCUUAUACAGACUGAAAUUCAAAUUGUCAUUAUUUGGAGUGUUGUUCAAGCUUAAUAAAAAAGUAAGGCUGGACUCAGAUAGACUCAAAUUGCUGUUCCGGCAAAGUGUUGUUUUUAUCCUUAAACAAAUUGUUCUACUUGUAAUUGUUUUACUAAUUUCAAUAAAUGGCAGCUGUUCAUAUUAAAGGCAUUUUUAAACCUA